AUGUUUCUUGGGGUGAAUCAUCACAAGCAAAUUAUUAUCUUUGGAGCUGCACUAUUAUACGAUGAAACUGCUGAAACUUUUGCUUGGUUAUUUGACACUUUUGCUAAAACAAUGUCAGGAAAAAAGCCAAAGACUAUUCUUACUGACCAAGACGCAGCAAUGGAAAAAGCUUUAGAGUCUCAAUGGCCAGAAACAACUCACCGUUUAUGCAUUUGGCACAUAUAUCAGAAUGCUGCAAAAAAUCUUAGUGGGGUUUUUCAAAAUUUUAGAGAAUUCACAAAGGAUUUUAGUAGUUGUAUUUAUGAUUAUGAUGAGAAGGAUGUUUUUAUUGAAGCUUGGAAUAGUAUGCUUGAGAAAUAUGAUCUUAGAGACAAUAAGUGGCUAAAAAAAAUGUUCAAUUUGAAGGAAAAAUGGGCAUUGGUAUAUGGAAGAGAGACAUUUUGUGCAGACAUGACAACUACUCAGCGGAGUGAAAGUAUGAAUAAUGUAAUUAAGAAUUAUGUUAGCUACAAGCAUGAAAUACCAAGAUUUUUUCAGCAUUUUCAAAGAUUAGUUGAGGAUCAUCGGUAUGAUGAGUUGAAGGCUGAUUUUAAAGCAACUCAAACUUCAUUGUCAUUGUCUUUGCCAAUAGAAAUUUUGAAGCAUACAUCAAUUGUUUACACUCCAGCUGUAUUCAGAAUGUUUGAGAAAGAAUUUUGCAAGGCUUAUGAUUGUGCUAUGAACAUUAAAAGUGAGAAUGGAAUAGUGUCAGAGUAUACAGUGACCCCUCAUGGAAAGGUUUAUGAGCAUAUUGUUACAUAUGAUUCUUCUAAUGAUACAGUGACAUGUGGUUGUAAGAAAUUUGAUUUUGCAGGAAUUUUAUGUGCACAUAUUUUGAAGGUAUAUUCAUAUAGGAAUGUCACAAAAAUUCCUUCUCAAUAUAUUUUAAAAAGAUGGACAAUGCAUUCAAAAACUGGAAUUUCUUCAAUUAUGCAGAGCAAGAGUGUGUCUGUUGAAGAUGCAAAAGCAAAAAUGGCAAAACGUUACAAAGAAGUUUGUAGAAUGCAAACUCAGCUAGCAACAAAAGCCGCUGAAGAUGAGAAAGCAUACAAAAUUGUUGUUUCUGCGUUUAGUAAGAUUUUUGUAGAUUUGGAUGCAAAUGAUAGAGCUCAAGGGAAAGAGAUUUCAACUUCUACUACCAGACAUAAUGAUAUUGAAAACAAGAACAAUAAUGGAAUAAGUGAUCAAAUUAAAGGGUUUAAGACUAAAAGAAAAGCUCAUGGUGGAUCUAGAAGAAUUAAAGGUGCACUUGAGAGAGCCAAAAAUAAGAAAAAGAUGGUUAAGGAAGAUUCUCCAUCACAACAGGAUUUUCAUGAACAAAAAGCAAAUGAUCAAAUCAAUAAUGGAAGUGGAAUACCGUUUUUGUCUUCUAAUUAUUUUCAAGAGAAUAUGUCAUCUUCAUCAGCAAAUAUAGCUUCCUUGCAUCAGAAAGAAGUAUUUAUAUUGUCACAUCUGUCAUUUAUUCUAUGCUUUAUUUAUCAAACUUAUUUUCUAUAAUAAUGUAUUUAAAAUCUUA